GCCGCGGGGGCCGAGGGACGGCGCUGUCCCGCCGAAAUGGAAAUACGGAGCUUGGCUUUUUACUUACGAAACAAGAUACAGGUUUUAUUGCAAGGUCUGACUUUGGUGGUAGAUGUUAUCUACGCAGCAGGUUUGUUCAAUGCUGUUUUGCUGAGAUGACGACUUUCCAACGGGACUGAGAUUUCUGUUCUUGUCUGCUUCUUUACUGUUGAGAACUGCCUGGGACAGAAUGUUCUCUAUGGGAAGAACACUGCUAGGCUGUUUAGUACAGGCAUGUUGGAAAAUCAAGAAGAGUGGCUUGAGAAAACUCUAACACAGCUUGUGCUACAAGCAGCACCAUUCACUUUUGCAUGCCUCUGACCCGCAGUGGUUUCACUGAUGAACUCGUCAAAGUGUUACCUACAGGUGAGGAUGGAAACACAGACCAGGAAGUCAGCCUUCCCUCAUCUGUCUAUGGAGAACUGAAUCUUUCGUACUCUGUUGUUUUGUGUUCGAAUACAGUUCUGGAGAAACUCUCAACAUGAAUGCUACUGACAGCGGGAUCAGCAGUCUCUGUGCAAUAUGUGGAGACCGAGCAACUGGAAAACAUUAUGGUGCUUCCAGUUGUGAUGGAUGCAAAGGAUUCUUUAGACGCAGUAUACGGAAAAAUCAUGUUUAUACAUGCAGAUUCAGCCGGCAAUGUGUUGUUGACAAGGACAAAAGGAAUCAGUGCAGAUAUUGUCGUUUAAAAAAAUGUUUUCGAGCAGGAAUGAAAAAAGAAGCUGUACAAAAUGAACGGGACAGGAUAAGUACAAGAAGAAAUACUUUUGAUGGCUGCAACAUUCCCUCUAUUAGCACAUUGUCACAAGCUGAGACACUUUCCCGUCAGAUCUCAAUCUCCAGUCCUGGUGCAAGCACUGACAUAAAUGCUAAGAAAAUUGCUGGUAUUAGUGACGUCUGUGAAUCUAUGAAGCAGCAACUUCUGGUCCUGGUGGAAUGGGCUAAAUAUAUUCCUGGCUUCUGUGAAUUACCACUGGAUGACCAGGUUGCACUGCUGAGAGCACAUGCUGGGGAACACCUGUUGCUUGGAGCAGCAAAACGGUCCAUGGCGUAUAAGGACAUUUUACUUUUAGGUAACAACUAUAUAAUCCAUCGCAACAGCACUGAAGUGGAGAUCAGCCGAGUGGCAAAUCGAAUCCUAGAUGAACUAGUUCGACCCUUCCAGGAAAUUCAGAUAGAUGACAAUGAGUAUGCUUGCUUGAAAGCCAUUGUGUUUUUUGAUCCAGAUGCGAAAGGCCUGAGUAAUCCAAUGAAGAUUAAGAACAUGCGGUACCAAGUCCAAAUCAGUUUAGAGGAUUAUAUCAAUGACCGUCAGUAUGACUCCCGAGGAAGAUUUGGAGAGCUUUUGCUUUUACUGCCUACACUCCAGAGUAUCACUUGGCAAAUGAUUGAGCAAAUACAACUGGUUAAACUAUUUGGAAUUGUUAAAAUUGACAGUUUGCUUCAGGAAAUGUUACUGGGAGGUACUUCUAAUGAUACCAGUCAUUUACAUCAUCCAGUACAUCCUCACUUAGCCCAAGAUCCAUUAACUGGCCAAACCAUCCUCAUAAGUUCAAUGUCUGCUCCUGUACAUGCAGAACAGAUUUCAACACCAGAGACUCCAUUACCUUCUCCUCCUCAAGGCUCUGGACAAGAAUACAAAAUGUCUUCAAAUCAGGCUUCAGUAAUUGCACAGCAGUCUAUUUUGAAACAAAAAUCAUUGUGAUAAUAUUUCUUGGUCUUGCUCUUCCUACCUUCCUUAUUUCCCCCAUUCUUUCCCUUCAGUCCUCCCUCCUUCCAUUCCUACUUCCUUUUUAUGCACUAGAUAAUUUGGUAGGAAACUUGCACAUUUAAAAUCUCAGGAUGAUAAAGGAGUUUAUUUCCCCAGCAGCCACUACUGUGGGUGUUUCUUGAAACCCUUUAUGAUUUGGAAAGUAAUACUCAAUGUUCUGACUGCUAUGCAGACUGUAACUCUGGACACUGCAGUCUGAUAAAAAUAUAUAAAGGUUGAUGUUAUUUUUAGAUCUUUUAAAUGCACAGAUUCAUUUUUUUUUUUAAUUUUCUGUUUUAGUUGUCAUCUUUAUAUUAUUGUUUUAGUUGUGUACAUAACUUUUUUUUUCGUUGUGACUGAACUGUCUAGGGAUUGUUUACCUGUGAAUUGUAGGCAUGAAAAAGUGCAUUAGUCAAACCAAAGCCAAGAUUCCAAAAACAAAGCACAUAUACUGAAUAAAAACGAGGAAAUACUGAAUGGAUAGAAGUAUUCAGUACGUUUUCAAAAAUACUGAUUUGAAAGAAGCAUCUCUUUCAAGUAAAAUUUCAACAAAAGAGUUGAAUCCUCCAUGCAGCGAAUUUGUAUGAAUCAGAGGGAGGGCUUGCCAUGUGCGAAGAUGUUUGAGAACUCUUUGAAAUCUACAUACACAGUAAUGUCUAUAUUACUCAACGAGACAGUACCUAGGCAUGGAUGUAUAGACACCAGAGUGCUAUCAUUUAUAUUACUAAAGAGUUAAAAAGGGGUCUGAAUUUUUUAUGGUCAGGACUGUUUCUCUCCCAGACAAUUUCUCAGGGCAUUUUGGGAAUUAGGCCUGUCUAGGGACACUUUUUACUGUGCACUUGCAAUAUUGCCGUUUUUCUUUAUGGUGAAUAACUGUAGAAACGUGUCCAGGCCAUGUCAGUUGACCUCAAGACUGGAGAAUAUAGACUUUGUACUGUUUAACUUACUAAUGUAAAUGUAGCCAUUGUGUUAUUUGUCUGACUGUCUGGUGAGUGCAUGGCAAUCACUCUAAACUUUACCUACAGAAUAACUGUAUCAGAGCUGCUCUGAAAGUAAUGCCUCCUAUUUUAUUAUGCUGUGUCACAACAGCAGAGGUGGAUGUUGGCAGUGUGGCAGUAGAGAUCAAACCUUACCACUAAUAAUCCAUUGUGUUUUGUUGCCAUGUGAUGGAUAUCAGUGGAGAGGCAGUCUGAUAUGUCUGGCGUGGAAGCGUGUGUGAAGCAAAAGUAUGGAACUGAAUUCCUUCAUGUGGAAAAAAUAGCACUUAUUGACAUUCAUCAACACUUGCUUAAUGUUUAUGGAAGCCAAACAGCGGUUUUGAAUGCAGGGAUGCAAUGUGUGCAUUUCAGCACUGGUGAAAGCAGUGACAGUUUUCUGGACCACCUGAUGUCACUACUAUGAGCCUGAGUCAAAAUGGCAGUCCAUGGAGUAGACACAUGAAAUUCUUUACAGAGGAAAAAGUUCAAGAUUCAGCCUUCAGCAGGAAAGGUGAUGUGCACUAUCUUUUGGGACAAAAACGGGGUGAUUCUUCUGGAUUUCCUGGAACCUGGACAAACCAUCAACUCUGACAGCUACAUCAUGAGACUGACUAAGUCGAAGGUUCAAACUUCCAGAGUCAGACCACAGAAGAAGACAGCCUUUCUCCUGCAACACAGUGCCAGGCCCUUUACCAGUUUGAACAUCAUGGAAAACAUAACCAAUCUGGGCAGCACUGUCAUAUCACACCCACCAUAUAGUCUAGAUUUGGUGACUUUUGACUUCCAUCUAUUUGGGCUGAUGAAACAUGGACUACAUAGCCAACAUUUUUCUAUCAACAGUGUCAAGAAACUGUGAAACAGUGGAUUACCUCCAGUGGUGCAUAUAUUUAUGGGUGCGGCAUGCAGGCUCAUGUUCAUCGCUGGCAAAAAUGCAUAGCUAAAGCUGGUGACUGUUGAAAAAUAGCAUUUUGUAGCUGAGAAUUUGGUCUAUCAAUGUUUUUGUACUCCUGUUGUAGUUUCCAUGAAAUAAAUAGGAGGCAUUGCUUUCAGAAAGAACUACAUAUUUAUAUUGUAGACCUAUGUCUGAAGACAGAUGAUUUGCUAACUAAAGUGAUAGACAUGCCUGAAUUCCACUCCAAAUGUUCCUCAUUUGAGCCAUGGUAUUUCAAGCUAUGAAGAUAACCAGCACACCAUGUACUUUCCAUUUGGAUUUUCAGGUGUUUGGUAUGAAUUGACUUACUGUGAUGAGUCCCCCUUGACUCCUCUUCCUUCUUUCCCAGUUUUGAAGAAUCCAGAAUUGAUUGAAAUUUUCCUUCUGGAGUCUAUAUUAACUGAUCUAGAUAUAGACCCUCUGUCAGUUUGCACAAAGGGGCUGUUGUGACACAUGCUCACAUGGGCAUAUAUUCAUUAAGAAUUUUUGAAAAUUAUCUCUUAUAAAACAUGAAGUGAUUAUUUUGUUCAUACAGUAGUGAUAUCGUAAGAAAAUUGCCACUUUGCACAUUUUAUUUAUUCCAGACAGCAAUGCCUUUCUUUACUUCAAAUUAGGUGUUUGUUUGUUUGUUUUUCCCCCCAGAAGCUAUAUACAAAGUAAACAGAAAAAAUAUUUGCAGUUUGCUGAACCAUGGCAAAGAUAAAAUACAAUGGGGUCAGAAAUUCUGCAAGGUGAGAUGUUGUUCAUCCUGAAUCAGACAUUUGCCUUAAUCACAGCAUCCAAAGAUGGUAUAAUUAAACCACUGGCCUUUAAAGUUACUUUGCAUACUUUUUUUUUUUUUUUUUUUUUUUUUUUUUGUAGGCAGAAAAUACACAGUAAAUAUUGAGCUGACCUAAACAUUUAAAGGGCUUUAAUGAAAAUACAUUUACCACAAGGUAGAUGCUGUGUUUCUUCUUGUUAUUUUGAAGCAGUUGCUUUUGUACUUAGAUCUGCAUACAAUAGCUCUUAAAGUUUACCUUUUGCUUUAUAGAAUGCGUUUUUCUUUUUGCUGGUUACUGGUUGUUGUUGGUUUUUUUGUUUUUGUUUUUGUUUUGUUUUGUUUUUUUGCUUGUUUUUUAUCAAUUCAUUGCUCUUUUUACUAGACCCUUUUAGUGAGACUUUUUAUGACAGAAUAAAGUAUUAAAGUUUUGCCAUUAACUUUAGGGGUAUCAGAACUGUGCUGUUUCUCCAUGUAGUCCACCAGCUUUCUCACUUUGUGAGAAAAAGGAUAAAGCAUACAUGAGACACCCAAAUGUUGACUGAGGUCACUUUUGUGACCCUCUCAGAAAGUGAAUGUUUGGCUGUGGCUGGAUAUGUGUGACUUUUCUGGGCGAGAUUAAACAAGCCAGUUUUGUGAAUGUGACAGGAUCGGUCUGACUAAAUAAAAGUAACUUGAAAUAUAAAAUGGCCCCCAUGUUAGGACACCCUGCCUUAUAUAAGCAAUUAACGUAAUAACAUAAUGGGUUUAGUUUUCACACUGUUGUUUAGAUAUUAAAUGUACAAUAACAUGGUUUCACACACUGCCAAAAUGUACUGGAUGAAAAGCAUACUUUAGUAUUUUAUCUUACUAAAAGAUGUUAUCUAUUUUGUACAAUAUAUUACAUUUUUGAAUAAGAUGAACACCACUGUAAUUUAUUGGGAAAAGCUGAUUUAUUUUAUAACUGUAACAUUAUUUUUGUAAGCUUAAUUAUUCAAAAUCAAAAAUGAUUAGCUUUGUUAAAUAUUAAAUUA